CCGCGCCGCGCCCAGCGGGAGAACUACAUGUCCCGGCGUGCUCCGCGCGCGGCUGCCCCACCCCGCCCUGCCCUGCUGUGAGCGCUGCUGGCGCGGGAGGGGCGGCGAGAUGAGCAGGGUGCGGGCGGACGAGGAGGAGUACUGGCACAGCUCCAAGUUCCGGGCCUUCACCUUUGACGAUGAGGAUGACGAGCUCUCGCAGCUGAAGGAGUCCAAACGGGCAGUGAACAGCCUUCGGGAUAUUGUCGAUGAUGAUGAUGACGACCUCGAGAGGGUCAGCUGGAGUGGAGAACCUGUGGGAAGUAUCUCCUGGUCAAUCAAAGAGACAGCCUCUGGCAGCACUAGCUCCCUGGAUGGCCGAGACUCCAGCCUGCAGAAAGGCUCUUCCUCCUAUGCUGCUCUUCCCAAACAAGCUUCUUCCUACUCCCUAAGCAGCCUGUUCAAAGGACGAAACAAACUCUCAAGUUUCCAGUCCCUUUCAGAUGCCCUCACUGACACAGGAGUUAAAAACUAUGCCCCAGAGCUGCGCAGGCCAAAAGCUGAGUACAAGGAUUACAGUGGUGACUGGAGCCCCAAAGAUACAGUCAGGAGAAUGCAGAGGGGCAAGGUCUGCUCUCUAGAGAGAUUUCGCUCCCUGCAGGACAAGCUGGUGCUCCUGGAUGAAGCUGUGGCAGGGCAUGAUGGGAAUGUCAUUACAGCUGUCCUGAUAUUCCUGAAACGGACGCUGAGGAGAGAGAUCCUGUUUCGGGAGCUGGAGGUGCGGCAGGUGGCCUUGUGCCAUCUAAUCCAUUUCCUCAGAGAGACAGGGGAGCAGAAGUUCCUUCUGGAUCUGCUCAGGUUCUUAGACAGGACUGAGGAAGUUGCUCUAUCUCAGUACCGGGAGCAUUUGAACAUCCAGGAUGUAGAAAAAAGGAGGGAAUUUCUGAAAGGUUGCAUUGGGCUGCCAUUUUCAGCUGAGGAUACCUCCCACAUCCAAGACCAUUAUACCCUGUUGGAGCGACAGAUCAUCAUUGAGGCUAAUGAUCGGCACUUGGAGAUGGCUGGGCAGUCAGAACUGUUUCGGAAAUAUCCUCGCAAGGCUUCAAUUCUCAACAUGCCACUAGUGACCACCCUCUUCUAUUCCUGUUUCUACCACUACACAGAAGCUGAGGGAAUGUUCAGCAGCCCCACCAACCUGAAGAAGACAUUUAAGAUUCCUGAUAAGCAGUAUGUGCUGACUGCCCUGGCAGCCCGUGCCAAGCUGCGGGCCUGGGGUGAUGUGGAUGCCCUCCUCACCACCAAGAACUGGCUGGGUUACACCAAGAAGAAGGCACCUAUUGGCUUCCACCGGGUGGUGGAGAUCUUGCAGAGGAACAAUGCUCCAGUGCAGGUGCUGCAGGAGUACGUGCGCCUGGUGGAAGAUGUGGAGACCCGGCUGAACCUCGCUACCAAAUACAAGUGCCAUGAUGUUGUCAUAGAGACCUACCGGGAUCUAAAGGAUCGUAUGCAGCUGACAGCAUAUAAAGGCAAGGUGGAGCGGGGCUCUGCAGAGGAAGAGAAGAUAAACAGCAUUCUCAGCAACACACAAAUCCGGUGGAAGAACUGAACACCUGUGGAACAGCCUGUUUGGCCAUCACCUUGUCACUGAAAGAGGGAACUGCAGAACCCAGUGCAGAGCCAAGAGAGCAGCUCUGUUACUACUCAUUGCAUGAUCGGCGUUCGUCGGUGACAGUGGGUGCCUGUGCCCAAUGGGACCGUGGCAUUCCAGUUGGUUGAAGACAGCUACUAAACUGUGGCUGGCAAAACCAUGGUAUAGAUCCAGCAGGGUUGAUUCUUUUUGGAAUCUGAUUGUAUUUGACCUGGCUGUAAGCCAAGCAUCACUUGUGUGUAUGGAGGGAAGUUGCUGGGCACAGCAAGAUGAAUGUUUGCUCUGGGUGGUGCCUGGGCUUGUUCUUGCCAGAGGAGCAUGUCAGUCACAUUUGUGAGUCUCUCCAACAGAGAGUGCUGACCAGUCCCUGUAACAGUCAAGCUGGCUUGGGCAUCACUAAUCAUGGCUGUGUCUGAAGUAAAACCUACCUGGACCAUGUUCUCCCUGUGUGAAAGUGCUGGGAGGCAAAGGACCACUUGCAUUUUUUUUCUUUUUUUAAUUCUGGCUCACUCUAGGAAAAGAAGUGUGUGAACUCAUGCAGAGA